AUGCUCAUGAUAGUUCUAACGCUGGCCUCGUCGUCGGUGACACCCACCGUGGCUCCUAAAGCGCAAGCAUUCAGCGCAGGCCCCAAGAAGGACAGCUCCAUGUUUACAGCGAGCUUGGUCACCCGAAUGCUUUGGUCCUUACGACCGGAGGCCUUUCCCUGGGACACCAAUAAUGGCACUAUACUUCGCGUGGCAGAUAUGACGAAGAAAAUCGGUACGUUAGUCGAGGAAGAGACGAGUAUAGCUAACGGUCAACUAGAACACAAGGGCGUCAGCAAUCGGUUACUAAGGGAGCUAGGCUGGAUCAAGGUGGUUCAGGGCAACCGAGACAGUCCGCGCAAUAGUGAGAUCAUGCUUCAGGAUCAAGCAGCACUGCUAAAACGAAGGAGAGAGCUGAUGUCGUUAAGAUCAGAUGCGGAUGGGUUUAUAGGGUCUAUAUUUCGUAGCUGUGAUAGGAUCUAG